AUGAGCACCUGAGUGUGCAUCUCUCAGGGGGGGUGGAGGUGUGCUUUGCUGGGUGUGUAUCUGGGAUCACACAUCAUGGAUGUUUGUGCAUGUGAGUGUGUGGAUGUGGGGUGGGUGUGAGUGUGUAUGUUUCCAUGACACAGCAGUUGUCAUUCAGUGUUGCUGCGGCCCCCUGACGUGCAGGCCCCACAGCGUGUGCCCAGGAUGAUGUCCUACGGAGAGAGGCUGGGGGGCCCGGCGGUCUCCCCACUCCCAGUCCGCGGGGGUCACAUGAUGCACGGGCCGGCCUUUGCCUAUGUGCCCAGCCCGCAGGUCCUGCACAGGGUCCCAGGGACCUCCGCCUAUGCCUUUCCCAGCCUGGGCCCCGUGGCCCUUGCCGAGCACAGCUGUCCCUAUGGGGAGGUUCUGGAGCGCCAUGACCCACUACCUGGCAAGCUGGCCCUGGAGGAAGAGCAGAAGCCAGAGCCCGGGUUGGCCCAGCAGCUGCGUCGGGCUGGCGCGACACUCCUCAAGGUGCCGCUGAUGCUCGCUUUCCUCUACCUCUUCGUCUGUUCCCUGGAUGUGCUCAGCUCAGCCUUCCAGCUGGCUGGAGGGAAGGUGGCUGGUGACAUCUUCAAGGACAAUGCCAUCCUAUCCAAUCCGGUGGCAGGGCUAGUGGUGGGGAUCCUGGUGACCGUGCUGGUGCAGAGCUCCAGCACCUCCACGUCCAUCAUCGUCAGCAUGGUCUCCUCCGGCUUGCUGGAGGUGAGCUCUGCCAUCCCCAUCAUCAUGGGCUCCAACAUCGGCACCUCCGUGACCAACACCAUCGUGGCCCUGAUGCAAGCCGGGGACAGGACUGACUUCAGGCGGGCCUUUGCGGGGGCCACGGUGCACGACUGCUUUAACUGGCUGUCAGUGCUGGUCCUGCUGCCCCUGGAGGCCGCCACCGGGUACCUGCACCACAUCACUCGACUCGUGGUGGCCUCCUUCAACAUCCGCGGUGGCCGGGAUGCCCCUGAUGUGCUCAAAAUCAUCACAGAGCCCUUCACUAAACUCAUCAUCCAGCUGGAUAAGUCAGUGAUUACCAGCAUCGCCACUGGUGAUGAGUCCCUGAGGAACCACAGUCUCAUUCGGAUCUGGUGCCACCCAGACCCCACAGAGGCUCCUACCACUAUCCCCAGGGCAGAGGCCAACACCAGCUGGACCCUCGGAAAUGCCACCAUGGAGAAAUGCAACCACAUCUUCGUGGACACGGGGCUGCCCGACCUGGCUGUGGGGCUCAUCCUGCUGGCUGGCUCCCUGGUGCUCCUAUGCACCUGCCUCAUCCUCCUCGUCAAGAUGCUCAACUCUCUGCUCAAGGGCCAGGUGGCCAAGGUCAUUCAGAAAGUUAUCAACACUGACUUCCCUGCCCCCUUCACCUGGGCCACGGGCUACUUUGCCAUGGUGGUGGGCGCUGGCAUGACCUUCGUUGUCCAGAGUAGCUCUGUGUUCACCUCGGCCAUCACCCCCCUCAUAGGCCUGGGUGUGAUCAGCAUCGAGCGGGCCUACCCCCUCACGCUGGGCUCCAACAUUGGCACCACCACCACGGCCAUCCUGGCUGCACUGGCCAGCCCCCGGGAGAAGCUGUCCAGUGCCUUCCAGAUCGCCCUCUGCCACUUCUUCUUCAACAUCUCGGGCAUCCUGCUAUGGUACCCAGUGCCCUGCACACGCCUGCCCAUCUGCAUGGCCAAGGUGCUGGGCAAACGCACUGCCAAGUACCGCUGGUUCGCUGUCCUCUACCUCCUCCUGUGCUUCCUGCUGCUGCCCUCGCUGGUAUUUGGCAUCUCCAUGGCAGGCUGGCAGGCCAUGGUAGGUGUGGGCGCACCGUUUGGGGCCCUGCUGGCCUUCGUGGUGCUUGUCAGCGUGCUGCAGAGUCGCAGCCCCGGGCGCCUGCCCAAGUGGCUGCAGACAUGGGACUUCCUGCCCCACUGGAUGCACUCCUUGCAGCCCCUGGACCGCCUCAUCACCCGCGCCACCUUGUGCUGUGCCAGGCGCGAGCCCCGCUCACCCCCGCUGCCUGCCAGGGUCUUCCUGGAGGAGCUGCCCCCCGCCACACCCUCCCCCCGCCUCGCACUGCCUGCCCAACACAAUGCCACCCGCUUCUAGAAUGCGGCCCAGACUGCUGCCUGCGGCGGGGAGAGGCCUGUGCCUGGUGCCCAGGGUGGAAGGGCUGAGGGGUCUCUGCACUCUGGGCCUUCAGCCGUCCUCAUGCAGGUCCUCGGAGGUCUGAGCCUGUGUGACUGAGAGUCAGUAUGUGUGCAUGGGUGAGCCUGUGUCAGCCUGCACGUGUGUACUGACGCACCUGUGGGGGGCCGUGUGCAGGCUACAGGCUACCUGGGUAAGGUUUCAAGUCCUUUGCACCUGUGUUUGGAGGCCUGCGCUUGUGUCCUUAUUACACACAACUCCGACUGCGCUGGGCGGGAGGAUGGUGAGUCUGAGUCAGUGACGGGCAGCUGUUUGCUGGAGCAACGAUGUGGGUGCCUGAGUCACAGGCUGAACUCUCACCCCUCCCUGCCACCUUCCUUCCUCCUGAUACCAUCCUCCUCAUCCUCACCAGGUUUCCCACAGCACCGCUGCAAACCCCCUCCCCAACACUGCCUGAGAAACAAAAGGAAUUAAACUCUCAUUGUGCAUU